UAGAAACGGAUUCCAUUCUCGUUAACCACCGGAGCUUCAUUUUCUUCUCCGUUCUUCAGAGUUUCAGAGACAGGUAGAAAGAAAGAUAGUCGAUUUCGAUGAGUGGAAUAUCGCCUCCUGCUGCUCUCUGUUCUCAUGACAAAUUCACUCUCCCCAAUCGCCUCUCCCUUGUUUCUCUGCGUUUCUCUCGUCCCUACUGCGCAACCUCUCUGCCAGGCGGCGGCAACCGAAACGGUAGAGCCAACUUUUUCGUCCAUCUCGAACCGAGAGCUCCUCUGCAGAAGCCUCAACGUUUAGCUUUCACAUUCUCGGCUAGAGCUGCUGAUACUACUCAGCCGUCUUCUGUUUCAGCCUCGCCGGACAAAGCAGUAGUUACCGAUGAUGAAUUCUCGCUUGCGAAAGUUUCAUUUGGUGUUAUUGGCUUAGGUGUUGGAAUUUCUUUGUUGUCGUAUGGAUUCGGUGCAUACUUUAAUAUCCUCCCAGGAUCCGAGUGGUCUGCCAUUAUGCUAACAUAUGGCUUCCCUCUUGCAAUUAUUGGCAUGGCUCUGAAGUAUGCUGAACUCAAACCAGUGCCAUGCUUGACAUAUUUAGAAGCUCAAAAGCUGAGGGAAUCAUGCGCCACCCCUAUUCUCAAGCAGGUAAGAGAUGAUGUGAUAAGGUACCGCUAUGGGGAUGAACAACAUUUGGAUGAGGCAUUGAAACGGAUUUUCCAGUUUGGUCUGGCUGGGGGAAUUCCUCGAAGGAGUGCACCUAUUUUGCAAAGUAUUCGUGAAGAAGUUACAGAAGACGGAAAAUAUUGCCUGGUCUUGAUGUUUGAAGCCAAAGCCUUGACAUUGUCAGAUUUUGAGAAAAGACAGGCAAAAUUUGCUUCUUUCUUUGGACCAGGGAUCGCUGCUGAAGUUGGGAAGGGAGACAAUGAUCUGUAUGAAGUCCGGCUUAUUUCUAACACUAUUCCUGGUGCUUCACCAUCAUAAAAUAUACGGUUUUAAUCGAAUUCUACAUAUAAUUGUUUCAUUUACAAACUGCUGUUCACUAGUGAAGUUCUGGUAAGUAUAUAUUUCUUUGGAAACACUGCACUCAAAA